UACCAGGCGGGUGGCGAUGGGCGACCCGGCUGGUGGUGCUGUUCCUCCCGCCGGGUGGUUCCCAGCCCCCGAGCUGACCCCGACGCUGGGGCCUCUACGCGACCGAGCCUCGCGGCCGAACAACUGGAUGCUGUGGGCGAUGCCGCCGCCGCCGCCGCCUUCGUCGCUUCCCGCAGCAGGGUCCGAGCCUGCCUUAGAGGCACAGCCCCGCGAGGAAGCCCGCACUUUCCCCGGGGCACCUCCUCCCUUCGACGCCCACAUUCUCCCCGGGGCGCAGCCCCCCUUUGACGCCCAGUCCCCCUUCGAUUCUCAGCCUCAAUCCAAUGGCCAGCCUUCCUGGAAUUUCCAGGCUUCAGCGUCACGGUACUGGACGCAGUCUCCUGGUGGUUUUCCUUGGCAUCAGCAGCCCCACAGCACUCCAGUUAAACAUUCUUAUUUUCCACGAAAGCAUGAUGCAAGGGUCAAUGACUUCAGCGUCUCUCCCAGAAGAAAACAGAAAAAAAAGAAAAGAAAGGAACCCGUUUUUCACUAUUUUUGUGAUACCUGUGAUCGUGGUUUUAAAAAUCAAGAAAAAUAUGAUAAACACAUGUCCGAACAUACAAAAUGCCCUGAGGUAGAUUGCUCUUUUAGUGCACAUGAGAAGAUUGUCCAGUUCCAUUGGAGGAAUAUGCAUGCUCCUGGUAUGAAGAAAAUCAAGUUAGACACUCCAGAGGAGAUUGCAAGAUGGAGGGAAGAAAGAAGAAAAAACUACCCAACUCUAGCUAAUAUUGAAAGGAAGAAGAAGUUAAAACUUGAAAAGGAAAAGAGAGGAGCGGUGUUGACGACGACACAGUAUGGCAAGAUGAAGGGGAUGACCAGACAUUCGCAGAUGGCAAAAAUCCAAAGUCCUGGCAGACAUCACAAGUGGAAAAAUGGCCAUGCUGAACAGGGAACAGCUGCUGGGUCAGGCAGCCGCUUGGGUGAUGUGAAGCCUGAAAGUCCACGUGAGGCAAAUUCAGACCCCCUGGGUGUUUUGGUAAACACUGACUCUGAGUCUGACAAAGAGGAAAAACCGCAGAGUGCUGUCAUACCCAAGGAAGUGACCCCAGCGCUGUGCUCCCUGAUGAGCAGCUAUGGCAGCCUCUCGGGGUCAGAGAGUGAGCCGGAAGAAGCUCCCAUCAAGACUGAAGCAGACAUUCUGGCAGAAGACCAGGUUCUUCAUAGCAAUACUCCUAAGAAACCAAGUCAAGAUGUUAGAGUAACUGUUAGAAACUCCUCAGAAGCCAAGUGUGAGAGCCAAAAGAGAAGUUUUAAAAACACAAAUCCUAAGAGGAGAAAAAAUAACCUCAACUAUCGAACAUUAUUUGAACCAAGAACACACCAUCCAUAUCUCCUGGAAAUGCUGUUAGCUCCGGACAUUCGACAUGAAAGAAAUGUGAUUUUGCAGUGUGUUCGGUACAUCAUCAAAAAAGACUUUUUUGGACUUAAUACUACUACUGUGAACACUAAAGAUGAAUAGGUAUCUGGUAUUUAGCACACAUGUCUGAAGCAUGUAAGAUGGUAACAACCUCAAGUUUGUGGGUGAAAAUUCUUCUUUUUUCAACUGGAUUAGUAAUGAAAUUGUAAGCCUCAUGGGCUAUCAUGUAGGAUUUUCAAGUCUUUGAUGCUAUAUAAAUAAAUACCUUAUUGAU